AUGUGUCAGGAAACUGGAGGUUGUGUUACCUCAGUGUACAUGUGUCAAGGAACUGGAGGUGUUGUCACAACUGUAUCAGUGCACCUGUAUCAAGAAACUGGAGGUGGUGUCACCCCAGUGUACAUGUGUCAAGGAACUGGAGGUGGUGUCACAACUGUAUCAGUGCACCUGUAUCAAGAAACUGGAGGUGGUGUCACCCCCGUGUACAUGUGUCAAGGAACUGGAGGUGUUGUCACAACUGUAUCAGUGCACCUGUAUCAAGAAACUGGAGGUGGUGUCACCCCAGUGUACAAUGUCAAGGAACUGGAGGUGUUGUCACAACUGUAUCAGUGCACCUGUAUCAAGAAACUGGAGGUGGUGUCACCCCAGUGUACAUGUGUCAAGGAACUGGAGGUGUUGUCACAACUGUAUCAGUGCACCUGUAUCAAGAAACUGGAGGUGGUGUCACCCCAGUGUACAUGUGUCAAGGAACUGGAGGUGUUGUCACAACUGUAUCAGUGCACCUGUAUCAAGAAACUGGAGGUGGUGUCACCCCAGUGUACAUGUGUCAAGGAACUGGAGGUGUUGUCACAACUGUAUCAGUGCACCUGUAUCAAGAAACUGGAGGUGGUGUCACCCCAGUGUACAUGUGUCAAGGAACUGGAGGUGUUGUCACAACUGUAUCAGUGCACCUGUAUCAAGAAACUGGAGGUGGUGUCACCCCAGUGUACAUGUGUCAAGGAACUGGAGGUGUUGUCACAACUGUAUCAGUGCACCUGUAUCAAGAAACUGGAGGUGGUGUCACCCCAGUGUACAUGUGUCAAGGAACUGGAGGUGUUGUCACAACUGUAUCAGUGCACCUGUAUCAAGAAACUGGAGGUGGUGUCACCCCAGUGUACAUGUGUCAAGGAACUGGAGGUGUUGUCACAACUGUAUCAGUGCACCUGUAUCAAGAAACUGGAGGUGGUGUCACCCCAGUAUAUGUGUAUCAAGAAACUGGAGGUGUUGUCACACUGCUGUACUUGUGUCGAGAAACUGGAGGUGGUGUCACCACAAUGUACAUAUGUCAAGAAACUCGAGGUGUUGUCACCUCAGUGUACAUGUGUCAAGAAACUGGAGGUGGUGUCACACCGCUGUACUUGUGUCGAGAAACUCGAAGUGUUGUCACCUCAGAGCAUACGUCGAGAAACUGGAGGUGUUGUCACACCGCUGUACUUGUGUCAAGAAACUGGAGGUGUUGUCACCUCAGUAAGAUUAUCCAAGGCUGAAAGAGUGGUUACUGCUCCACCCAGCAUCACCACUCUUGCAGCUAUUCAGAGCAAGGCCUUGAUGCUGUUCAGUACUUAG